GCAAAAAUAGCCAAUUAGUGACUUUGCAGAUUCAUUAUUUAAAGACAGAUGGAGGGCAACUGACACAAAACUCUCCAGCUGACUGAAGAGGAGUAGUCUUGGGGAUCUCCAAAGUCACUCUACCAACAGAAUGAAAUACGCACAGUACCUUUUUCUGGCCUCGCUGCUCUCCACUGUUGAACAUAGCCUAGCUCAGACCUGUGCAGUGGAGUCUUUCUCUGUGAAAGACAACUUUGACCCAAAACGGUAUGCAGGGAAAUGGUAUGCCCUGGCCAAGAAGGAUCCAGAAGGCCUUUUCCUUCAGGACAACAUCUCUGCUGAAUACACUGUGGAGGAAGAUGGCACAAUGACAGCAUCUUCCAAAGGCCGAGUGAAGCUUUUUGGGUUCUGGGUGAUCUGUGCUGAUAUGGCUGCUCAGUAUACAGUACCUGACCCAACAACUCCAGCAAAAAUGUACAUGACCUACCAGGGCCUGGCCAGCUACCUCUCCAGCGGUGGGGACAACUACUGGGUGAUUGACACCGACUAUGACAACUAUGCCAUCACCUAUGCCUGCCGCAGUCUAAAGGAGGACGGCUCCUGUGAUGAUGGCUACUCCCUGAUCUUCUCACGCAAUCCCCGUGGCCUGCCCCCAGCCAUUCAGCGCAUUGUGCGUCAGAAGCAGGAGGAAAUCUGCAUGUCUGGCCAGUUCCAGCCCGUGCUCCAGUCAGGGGCCUGCUAGAAGUACAGUUCUGAUCAGAUCCUUAAGCACAGAAACCAGACCUCUCGGUCUUGAAGUUGCCACUCAGUUAAUAAAAAAUGAUAGUGUGAACUAGUGUGUUUUUCCCCAAAA